UGUGUGGGCUGAAUUCGCGCUGAACUUCAGCGGCGCUCGACUUGCGAAGCUUCGAACCGUCUGUUCCUUACAUUAGUUAGUUGUCAUCUGGGUCAGACAUGCUGGUGGCGGUCCUGCCCUUCCUGUGGCUGGCCGGCAACAUCGGCUCAGCAGUCUGCGAUCCCAACGCUACUCAACUCCAUAUCCUUGGUCUCUAUCCGAUGUCUGGCGCCUGGUCGGGUGGAAAGGUGUUCUUGCUAUCUAGCCAGCUCGCCGUAAAACACAUCAACGCUAACCCCGAUGUACUGCCAGGCUACGAGAUAGUUAUUAAGCCACUCGACACUAAGUGCGACGGAGGAACGGCAACGGAUGUUAUGUAUCGGGAACUGUACGACACCUCAACGACCAAGAUAAUGGUCCUCGGCGGCGGAUGCUCCGUUGUUACAGAGCCCACGGCACAAGCGUCUCAUCACUGGAACCUCAUACAACUGGCUUUCGCCUCGUCGUCCUCGGAGCUGUCGAAUCGUCUCCUCUAUCCUCGUUUCUUCCGCAUGACGCCUCACGAAUCUGUUUUCAACGUGGUCCGAUUGGCUGCAAUGAAGAAGUUUAACUGGAACAAAGUGGCCACGCUACACCAGUCCCGUGACCUCUUCUCUCUUGCGGUAUCUGACUUUCAACGGGACGCCAGAUCUUCCGGCAUAGACAUUCUGGCAGCUGAGAGCUUUGUCGAAGACCCUGCUAUACAACUUGAAAACAUCAAGAAUGUUGGGGCCCGUAUCAUUAUGGGCAAUUUCUACAGCAACAUGGCAAGACGAGUUUUCUGUGCAGCCUACCACCAACAGAUGUACGGUGCCAAGUAUGUCUGGAUAAUACCAGGGUGGUUUGCGACGGGAUGGUGGCGAAUUCCAGACGAUUCCAUUGACUGUACCAUCGAUCAGAUGGACGAGGUUACCGCCUAUUCCUUUGGGGUUGCCGGAGUUUACCUUCCCGUAACAGGAAGCAGAAAGCCGUCAGUAGCAGGACUUACGGCAGAUACGUAUACAGAGGCUCUGCAGGCUUUUGCGGGAGACGAAGCUGAGGUUCUGGAAGUGUACAGUACCCUUGGGUACGACUCGGUUUGGAGCGUCGCCUUAGCUCUCGAAGAAGUGGACAGUCAGCUUCGAGAUUUGGGUAUACUUUCUAAUACACGUUCCACAAAUCCUCCCCGGACGCUAGGUGAUUUCACGUACAACGACAGUGCGACUUCGGAAAUCCUUUUCGACGUCAUGAGCAAUAUGCAGUUCGAGGGAGUGUCGGGCCCGGUUCAGUUCGACAGCAAAGGUAAUCGGGUCGGUUUGCUACAACUGCUCCAAAUCAGAGGUCUCCAGACUCUUCGUGUCGGCAUCGUUGACCCUACUGUUGGUGCAGGCAAGGAGCUACAAGUGAAAGGUUACCCACCCAUAGUUUGGCCAGGUGGUGCGCCCCCAAUUGAUUUCAUAAUUGAGCGGGAAGACCGACAAACUAUCAAACAGCCUGUGUUUGUGACUGGCACCGUUUUCGCAACGCUGGGAAUCGUGCUGGCUUCUUGUUUCUUAGCUUUCAACAUUCGUUAUAGGAAAAAACGGGUGAUUAAGAUGUCUAGCCCCAACAUGAACAACGUGAUGCUGAUUGGUGGAAUGUUAGCCUACGUCUCCAUCAUCUGCCAGGGUGUGGAUACGGCUAUUGUAUCCACUCCGACCUUUGUGUGGAUGUGUAAGGCAAAGACGUGGUUCCUGGCGAUAGGUUUUUCAGCUGCCUUUGGCGCCAUGUUUAGCAAGACGUGGCGUGUGCACAAGAUCUUCACCAGAAAGACGGUCAUGAAAAUGGUGCUUAAAGACACCCGCUUGUUGAGCUUUGUAGCUGUUUUGAUUGUCGUUGAUAUCCUAAUUCUCACUCUAUGGAAUGUACUGGAUCCAGUGACGGCAGCUGAAAUUUACGGAAGUAAAGUGGUUGAUACCGAUAACGACGAUAUCGUGUACACACCGAUCCGUAUGAUUUGCGAAUCAAGGAACCAGACCUACUGGAUCGGUACCUUCUACAUCAUUAAUGGCCUCCUGCUGAUAUUUGGAGCAUUUUUGGCCUGGGAGACUAGGAAAGUCACUAUUCCGGCGCUGAACGACUCCAAAUACAUCGGUGUUUGUGUCUACAAUAUCUUGAUCCUGUCUUUAGUGGGCGCCCCAGUCUCCUUCCUUCUGGAGGAGCGAAAUGCCAAUUACGCUCUAGUAUCUACCUCGAUCUGGCUGGCCACUACCCUCACACUCUGUGUGGUCUUCGUCCCAAAGGUACGGACGAGAAACGACGUGCAACCGACAAAAAGUGACGUAGCAUCUCACUCGAAUCAGCCGGGCAGCAGCUCCUCUGAGUCGCAGGAGUUGAAGCUGCUCCGUCAGCAGUUACAACAGUUGAAGCAGAACUGCAAAUGUUCGAACCUCGGCGGAGUGGAAUACGUGGGCCGGGCUACAGGAGAACCCACCACUAGUUCAAGUACACAAGGCAGCCUACUAUAGGUUGCCCGGUAUACAUGCCUAUAUGCACACCCUGGAUGUACACCUCGCAUUGCCUUGACACCACAUCCACUUUGGCUUCACUUGGGAUAAACAAAACCAAACAACUUCACGACGCUGUAUACAAGCUUGAUUGUGGUAUUAUUACAUUGUACUUUACGGUAUUGCAGUUUAUCUUAUUCUGUUAAUUCCGUCGUAAUAUGUAUCAUGUUGUGUUGUUUUAUAGAAUACAUUACCAUAUCAACCGUAUUGUAUAAAGAGUUCAGUGUAUGCUUUGGCUAUAGCUUCAUUUUAUUUUCUAGUGUCCUUCAUUUCAGUUAUUGGUUCAACCACUUAGUACUGAGGCUGAGUACGAAAUGUCCCGCGCCACGGUGGUCUUCAUUCAGUGCAGAAAUUUGUAGGCCCAUGGACUCCUAGUCUUACGGGUCAACCGCAUACAUUCCAGUAAUUCCGGUGGUUUGAAUUGUGUUGUGAGGUUUCGUCAGGGUGUUAAUCGCCCCUUUUUAUCUUCAAAUGGUUUUACAGAUUCAAGAAAUACAAUGCAGUAAUUUAUACACUAAAAGAGCAAAGCUUGCUAAUUAAGGUCCACGUUUACGAUAACAUAAAGGAAAAUAAAUGUUUUUGCUGUGACGUAUAGGCCUACAGCUCUUCUUACGAUGUACACCUGAGUGGGAUUUUGUGGUCCUGUAACUGAGAUCUCCCGCUGAUUGAAGUGAAAAGAAGAGACAGGCCGAACCGGAAGGUAACACGCGACUUAGGUAUUUAUCCAAUGGGAGCUGGCAGUCAGUAGGUGCGCAAUAGCUAGUGUAAAAUGUGCCCAAGAAGGCCGAACUCAAAUAGAAAACCACCGACUCGUGAAAAGGAAUGCUACGUGAAUGUCAAAUUUAGCCACAAAGUGUUGCUAGUAACCUCCUGUUCCUUUUUACACAAGAUUUCUCAAUUUUAGAAGUUUUCCCAGAACGACGAGAUACUGCACAUGACAGACCAGAAACUAGAGUACGCAACCCAGUCAAUUUCAUCUAGCUAGAUUUUUUCAACUGUCAUGAGUUUUAGACACCGUUUGUGCAGCGCGAUCGAUGUAUUCAUGUUCACGUGUACAACCACGUACCAAAUGCCAGUUACGCAGGCACCUGGAGUAUGUACUGACGUACGUUAUGCAUGGCACUGUACAGGUACAUGUGGUGCACAUGUGGUUCACAUGUAACGUCUGGGCUAUGCUGUGAACUCGUACGUCUCCUCGCAGUGUUAUAAUCGUGGCAAAUAGACAUCGGUUUAAGUAAUGAACUUCCUAUGAACUUAACACACUAAUCGUCUUCGUCUUUCAUUCCCGAAGCACUGUAUUCAACGCCCACAAGGUUAUACGAUUAAUGCGGGAAUUUAGGUAAUCUGUGUUGAGUGUUGGUCGAUAUGCAAACGCGUCCAGUCGGGAAGAGAAAAAAAUCUUGGGAAAAACUGUCAACAAAUCUGAAACCUCCACACCUCUCUCCACCUCAGCCCACUUGUGAAAAUGUUCAAUAAAACGUCAAAUUCCUUGUUUCAGGCCUUCAAAAAUCGUGCCAAAAGGUCAACUACUGCUCAAGAAAAGAGCUGUAGACAGAAAACACUAGCUUUUGUUUGCCCACUCUGUUGCUAUAAUUUUGAUUUUUAUCUUCACAAAAUAUGAUAUGAAUGGGCCUAAUUCUACCAUGUAAGUAUUUUGGUCCGAUAUUUUUAUUUUCAAUAAGUGAAAAAAAAGUGAAAUGAAACAGCUGCUUGCAUGGCACGAAUUCUCACAGCCUCAUUACGUAUGUAAAUUAUCCUCAAAUUGGUCAUGCGUAGUUCAAAAUUUCCCCACUGAACUAGUCUGGAUAUCAAAUCCGAUGAUUCUGACUAUUCUCGUCGAAUCAAGGGUCCGGUAUCACCAAUGUCCACGUGCCCAAAACAGGAGUAAUUCCUCCAGUUUCCGAAAAUAGCCAAAAUACUCUGAACUCAUCCCAUCCUCAUUAGAAUAGCAUCGUUGAUGUUCGGGCAUUUUCUCCGGCCGUGUCUGUACGCAUAAAUUGAUAUGAUAUUUUUCUUUUACUUGCUCUUCACGUGCCACACAGUGAUCCUCCCUUCCUACGCAUUUUUUUUUAGUUUCAUUCAUGUUUUCAAAGUGAUCACCAACAUUUAACAGCCUGCACGUACACCUAAACAUUUGCCUUGCACAGAUAGUUAAGGAAAUACGUCACAAGGGAUCACAUCUAACGACGCGCGGAGCAUUGUGGGUAAAUGUCUACCAGGCACGCAAGCUCACUCAAGGGGUUACACCAUAGAGCAAGGAAAGCGGCGG